GUUUUGCUUGGCAGGCCAACGUCUUACGAGCAAAACACUAUGCAAACCAUCGUCGGGCCAUCCGCGAUGAUCCAGUAUUCCGCGUGUCACUGGCGCGUGACCGUGGUGGAGCGCUGCACAUCUCAUGGCAUCCGUAGUGGCGGCGAAACAGCAUGGCAUUCACGAGAGGGACUGUCAAACGAGCGGAGUGUGAGGGCGGAAGUACAGAAGUUGUCAAUAAGCUGUCACCAAAACCAAAGCAAGCGACCGGCGACGUUGAGGUCCGCAGUGCCAAAGGUCAUGCCAAGGGCAACUGCCGUCGAUGGUGUGCGCAGAACCAUGCUUACAACCAGGUACCAGUACCUGCAGAGUAAGCGCUGUACGGCAGUCACCGAGCACACUCGCGCGGCUGCCGGAUGGUCGGCGGGCGGAAGCUGUAAGUCAUGCCGAGCGUGCGAAUAACAAGAGCGAGCAAACUUCGCGCCAGCGUGCUUACUGGAUCAAAGAGAAGGGGGUAGCGCGGUAAAUGCAGUGCAACGGCUGUCACAUUUCCGACGUAGAUGCGAUGGCGACUGGUGAACUAAAUCAGCGGCCUUCGGCGGAUCGAUCGGCAAUCGUACUGGAGGACUGAUAUCGUUUCCUGAACUCGUAAAUC